GAGCCAAAUAAAUGGGUGCUAAACCCUUACCUUGCCAAAUUAGUUAGCCUCACCUUCUUCAUGGGUAGAAUGGGAAGGCUCUGGUCAGGAGGGAAGAUUAAAUGAGAUAACAAGAAAACCACCUAGCAAGAUUCAUAUAAAUUAUAAUAGCAGAUUUGCUUUUAAAUAUUGAAACGAUUACACCAGCUGAAUAUUUGUGUGUGUGUGUGUAUAUAUACAUAUAAUUCUACUUUCAUGAAAUCAGUCACAGUAAAUUAUGGCAAAAAUGUUUCAUAAAAGUACCUAUCUUCUUAGAUAUUAAGAAAUAUGACUGCCAUUGAAUCAAAACGUAAAUGAUAAAAUUAACUUUGAAUUAUAUGCUUUCUUUUUUGGCUUUUGUAGUUUUGAUUUUGGUCCAGAAAGCAUUUUCAAGAAGUUGGUCAAGUAUGGCUUUAGCAGAUAGGAGACUUGAGAACCUGCAGAUCUACAAAGUUCUUCAGUGUGUUCGGAACAAAGACAAGAAGCAGAUAGAGAAGUUGACCAAGCUUGGAUACCCUGAACUAAUCAAUUUCACUGAACCUGUGAAUGGCCACAGUGCUCUGCACUUAGCUUCGGUUUCCAAUGACGUCGAUAUGGUCAGCUUUCUCCUUGAUCUUGGUGCUCACCCUGAUGUACGAGACCGAAUGGGCUGUACUCCAACUAUGAGAGCCGCAGAGCUGGGCCAUGAAUUGUCAAUGGAAAAAUUAGCCAAGGCAAAGGCAGAUAUGACUAUAGUUGAUCAUGAAGGAAAAGGUAUUUUAUUUUACUGCAUUUUACCUACCAAGAGGCACUAUCGCUGUGCUCUGAUUGCCCUUGAACACGGUGCAGACGUCAACAACGCUACCUUUGACGGAAAGCCAAUAUUUCUUAGAGCUUGUGAAGAAGCACAUGAUGUUAAAGAUGUGUGCCUGACAUUUUUGGAAAAAGGAGCCAAUCCAAAUUCUAUUAACUCAUCCACAGGGCGCACUGCUUUAAUGGAAGCGUCACGAGAAGGCGUGUUGGAACUGGUUCGAGGGAUCCUGGAGAGAGGAGGCGAAGUAAAUGCAUUUGACAACGAAAGACAUCACGCUGCACAUUUUGCUGCCAAAGGAGGCUACUUCGAUAUAUUGAAGCUUCUUUUUGCCUACAGUGGAGACCUGGGACUGAUUGCAAUGAACGGGAACACACCACUUCAUUAUGCUGCCAUGGGUGGUUUCACAGAUUGCUGUAAAUAUAUAGCUCAGCGAGGCUGUGACCUGAAAUGGAAGAACUUAGAACAUAAAACCCCCAGGACUGUGGCUAAGGAAGGCGGCUUCAAAGCAGCAAGCAAAGAAAUACGCAAAGCAGAGCGAAUUGCUAAUAAACUUGCCAGGCCAGGAGCCAAAAAUCCUAAUCCACUCUGGGCCAUUAGACUACAUGAUUGGUCCAUAGAGCGUGAGGCUUUCCUUCGGGAAGCCUUUUCGUUUGUGGACAGAGGCGAUGGGACAGUCAGCAAGGAAGACUUUGUCAUGGCGCUCGAGGAGAGGCAAGAUUUUGUGAACUCGGACCAGCUGGCUGUCAUAGCACAACUUCAUGAAAAAGUCCGGGGAGGUGGGAUUAACAUUAAUGAUUUUUUUAAAGGAACAAGAUACUUAACCAAGACUUAUGUCUUGUCAUCCUAUGGGCCUAAGAAAAAGAAAAAAGGGAUAGGCAAGAAAGGAAGGAGAGGCAAAUUUGUUUUGCCUCUCCCAAUCUGCAUCAUCCCAGAUAAUGCAUUUCCACUGCGGAGAGAUGGUGGGCCGCCAUAUUACAUGAUUGAAACCUACGAGAACAUAACUGAUUGCAAUCGUUUCAACCGAGAUCGGCCACCAGAGCAUCCCAUUCAGGACGACUCUGCUUGGUACAUUGAUGAUCCAACGAAAGUAUUUGCAAAUAUUAAUAUUGUCACCAAAGCAGGGGAUUUGGCUUCUCUGAAAAAAGCAUUUGAAUCAGGAAUACCUGUGGAUAUGAAGGAUAACUAUUACAAAACACCGCUAAUGACUGCCUGUGCGAGUGGAAACAUCGAUGCCGUCAAGUUUCUUCUGGAAAAAGGGGCCAACGUUAAUGCAACAGAUAAUUUUCUGUGGACGCCACUUCAUUUUGCAUGCCAUGCAGGUCAACAAGAUAUUGUUGAACUUCUUGUUAAAUCUGGAGCUAUAAUAGAUGCCCCUUCAAUCAACAACUCAACUCCUUUAAGUAGAGCUAUUGAGAGCUGUAGGCUGGAUACUGUAAAAUAUCUGCUUGAUAUUGGUGCUAAGUUCCAGCUGGAAAAUAGAAAAGGGCAUAGUGCCAUGGAUGUUGCAAGGGCAUAUGCUGACUAUAGAAUAAUGGAUCUGAUUAAAGAAAAGCUAGAUAACUUGCCAAAGCCAGCAGAAAAUCAAAAAGUGAAAGGCAAGCCACCUGUUAAACCAAAGACUGAAGGCCCUGAAAUGAAGAAAGAGGAGGAAUCACUUUACUCAAUUUAUGCUGUACCGACAGUAUUGGAGGACAACAAAGUGCGUAAGGAUAAUGUGGUUUAUCUCAAUUCUUUGAUUACCAGUGGUUAUACCAAGAAAGUGGACAUCACAUUUGUUCCACGGAGGAUUUGGAGUCCUGAGGCCACUACAGCAGAGCUGAUCAGGAAGAGAGAACUGAUGCGGGAGCGGUUCACCUAUGAGGUGGAUUUUGAUGAUUUCAUGAUGCCCUUUCAGAAGAACAUCACAGAGAAAGCUCGGGCAUUGGAAGCUGCCUUCAACAUAUAAAUCACAGCAGUUGCUCCUUUGGGUAAAUGUUUCGAGGCCCAGAGACAAAAUUA